GGGCACUGCGGUCACGCUCUCAGAUCACUAAGACCAUACCUAACCCAAUUUCCUUUUCAAGUACCUCCAGAAAAAUUUUUCCACGGUAUGGGAUACCGGGAAGUGUUAAAUGCCCUCAUAGCUCUAACAGCACUGAAGAUCACUGCAGUGAUUGCUCUUGUUACGUGGAUCACAACCAGACGGUCUACACAAAUUCCUAUUUAUCAGCUCAAGGAUCGGUGGCUUCAUGGACUGAUACCAUCUCUUGGUUUGGUUCCUAUCGAUUUUCUUCCAGCUAACUCCUGCACUAGGCAAUAUCGCACAUCUAGGUAAUCGGUAGUUUGUACUAUGUAGUGCUUGUCCCAUGCACCUCAGUUGAUGAAUAUUCGCUAUCUCAUCAGUCUGUCUACCAUCUUUUCCCAGUAGCCUACCGGACUCCAAUGUUGUUCACUUAAUGGUCCUAACAUACACGAGUAACACUUCGAAGGUAUCUAUGAUCAAAUAACCUAACCUAUUAUUAUCCUCUAUUCGUAAUUGAUGUGUUUCACAGCCAUGCAGUAGAACAGAACGAACUAUGUUAUACACUGGUUCUUUAGUUGAUAGACGGACAUAGCGCCUAGUCCGCAGAACAUGCAAGUUGGCAAGGGCAAAUAAACUUAGGUCUGCACUUAGUUUUGGUCAAACAUCAACCAGGACUGACGGGACUCCUGACAUAAGUGAGAUUCUCGAUUUGCUCAACGUUGCUACACUUGUUUAAAUGAUUUUGCUUUGGAACUGUGCACAAACUGAAGUCAUGGCUUAGUAUUUUGACUAUAUUAUGUUUGGCUGAGCAUAAUUGGUUUAAAACUAUCACGGAUUUCGAACAAAAACUCUCAAGUUCAAGCUGUUUGUUUUGGCAUCUAAUAUCAAAUGUUCCUCAUGAAGCGUAAGCUAACUGAUGAUGGUGUUACCAGCCCCCAAAAAGUUAUGAAGGUAUCCAGUAUACCUGAAAUGAAAACAGUAUGUGAUGCUCUUGAAUACCUGUUUAGUCUAUAUCCUUCUAUGAACUCAAAAAAUCUUGGCCGCCCAAUCGUUUUGAAGUCACAGUUAUACACUCUUGUAAAUAAUCGGAACAAAGUAGAAUCUCAACUGUCAGAUAUGCAGACAUCUCAGAGAAUACGUUUAUUAAACAUUGACGACCAAAUCGAUGAUUCCGUUGGUAUAAUGAAAUCUGAUGAUUUUGUAAAUUCUUUCAGAGAUUUCUCUAUGGAUGAGUCAAAGAUUUUAGAACGAUUUGCGGAAUUCACUAGUCAAAAGUAUCAUUAUUUAAGCUUAUGUAAACGUGUUGCAUCGAAGAAUUUUUCGGAUAAUGAGAUAAGCAUUCUAAUACAAAAUGGAGCUUUAACCAUCAAAUCCGAGAACAGUUGGUACAUUUCCACUCCAUAUCUUGGUGCAUUCGUUCGUGCCUACAAAGCUGGUCAACGGGGUUUAUUAACAAUAAUUAAAAAGACGCGAUUCAAAGAAUUAUUGCUAUCUGAGAUUUUUCAUCGAAAUCUGGGUAAAGGUGCUUAUCUAGGUCAUAUGUAUCACUUACUCGCUCAUUUAGGAGCUGGAACUUUGAAGUCGAUUCAAACUAGCUCUGGUUUGCUUAUCAGAAUGUAACGCUUCAAGAAAAAAUGAUUAAAUUUAUACAACAGGUUUGACUGGUUCUACUUUGACAAAUUAUUGGGAAAUUAACUUCACUGUUUCGGUUUUCACUUUUGGUAUAAUAUAAAAAAUGUUACUUUCUAUAUUUGUGUUGGUUAAAAGCAAAUCCAUUUUAUAUUGUAAUUAGCUUUUGCUUAAGAUGCACAUAGUAAACCAAACGUAGUAAACUUUCGAGUAGUUAUUUAACGAUCUUGUAAGAAACGGUGAACUAUCGGGAUGAAUGAACUAAACACAUUAAAUGAAGAUGUCAGAUUGUUUUAGCUAUGCAACUGCCUUCAUUUUAGCUAUAUCUAGAUUUUAUUUGGUUUCAUUUAUCACCUAUUUUAUGUUUUAACUCUUAUCUUUGUUUAGUUAUUAUUAAAAAGGUCAGUAUCCUUCUGCAUUUGUUUUUUCAGGCCCUAAGAUUAGAAUAAAGUAACUGCACGGUGUAAAUAAGUGUCUUUAGUAUUUAUAUGGAUUUAAGGAUCUCGACAAACAGGCUGCACUCUUACUGAAAUAGCGGAUAACUCAAAACUACUUGGUGAUUAAUUAGUUGGAAAAUUCCCAGCCAGUUUUAUCUAGCCGAAGUUUUGUACAAUAACGUUAACCCCAAUUUAGUUUGCGAUUGCGCAUUGGCCUCAGCUAAACGAAUCAAUAGUCAAAUAGAUGUAGUGUGUUGGCGGAGCUAGAUACAAUCAUUUGUAUCCAACUUGAUAUCUUGGAAGGCUAAGAAUAUCGUUAAUGAGACCUCAGUGCUAGUCAUCUUGACAGGAUCACCUGUACAAGUAACGUGUAGUCGCAAGGUCUGUCUGAGUUCAACAGCAAUUAACACACUAAUUGUGCGGACAAUUAUAAACUACAUGGUGAUGGAAAAUUGUUCAACGUAAAAUGAAACCAGCAAGCCAAAUAAUAUGACCAAAUUAGAAUACUGAUUUUGGACGAUAGGGGCUUGUGUAGUCUUUCCAACUGUUAAAGCAAGGUCUGAUUUCCCACCACAAAUUUUAGACAGAUGUAGGAACAUUUCUUUAUAACAAUAAUAUCUUCACCAAUGAAGCAUUGUCUUUUACAAGGAAUCAGCCAAAAAGUAUGAUAUCAUAAUGACCUGUUUCUGUAGAUUUUUCACAGCACGUUGUACUUGGUGUUGUAAGACAAUUUAAGUGAAGAGACAAAACUAGAGAUUAGUGAAUCUUCUUGUCAUAAGAACUUAUGGUUGUUCUACCGUAGUCGGAAAAAUAUACCAAUAAUUAUCGUGUUAAGUCUACGGUGGCCUUGGACCUUAAAUGUACAUUUCCUAUUGGUCGAUGUUUAUUUCACUUGUUAAAUAUUGUGUAAAUGUUGUUUCUAUUUUAUGGUACGAUGUGAUAUGCUUGACUGGUAUAUAAACCAAGUAUGUUUGAAAUAUAAUGAUUCAUAACUCAGAGGUUGUGACUUGCGUUCUUGACUCAACUGGCUAGGACAGACAGCGAGGCAGGGCCAAUCAGGGCACUAGGUCGUCCACUACGUGUUUACGUGUCUACUGUAAUCGAUCGAUAUAAACGCUGUUUAGCAUAACCUGCAGUCACACACACGUUACAACACUAAAUUUUGGACAAACUUUCAUAGUUCAAUCAGCUUGUGGCUAGUGAGUCACUUUUACGUUCCCAAUAGCCCUGUUCUCUUUGUAAGCAGCUACGACCUUCGACACAUGCACCUCUUUUGUUCAUAUCCUUGUCAGCUAUAUGCUUAUGUGUCCUAAGUGUAGGUAUCUAUAUAAUCAUUAUCUAACCCGACAUCCAUCUUCUUUCUCGGAUUAUUCAUUAUUACGACCUACAUUAACGCUUGUAAUAAGUAUUAUUUUGAGUAGACAGGUUUUCCCUUGUGUCUCUGAUUUAUGGCUGAGUGAAAUACAUGCAUCCAAAAACUCGCAUUUUAUGUUAUUCUGUUAUUUAUUGACGCAGUUAAUCCGAUGAAUAUAUACAAAUUAAACCAAGUAGGUUUAUUUCAUCAUUUCUCGUCUAUAGUAGUCAACUACAGGUCAGAACCUCGAUCUGACUAAUCCCUAAAAGAUUAGGAUUACAACAAUUGCUUAAACAAUGAGGUUUUGUCGUACAGAGAGAACAUAAACAUUCAUCAUUAAGGUUAUUUUACAAUGUGUCCUGACGGCGAAGUUACACAACAGUUGAAAGUGUAAAACUUUACUAUGAUUGGGAGCUAGGACCGACAUUUAAGAAGGCUCUUUUACCGUUAGGACAUAAUAAAUUUGUUUAAAGGAGUA